AUGCUGCCUCUUCGCCAAUUUGUGGCUGCCGCGCGUUCUCGCCUCUCUGGCGUCCGCAUCGUGCUGGAGGACCUCAGCGACCCAGGAAACCGCGCCGCCAUACUCCGCAGCGUCGAGGCCUUUGGCCUCCUCCACGUGCACGAGGUCCGCUCCUCCCGUCUGCGCGUCGGCUCCACUGCUCGGGGGCGGAGCAUCGUCAACGGUGCGGAGAAGUGGCUGACUCUUCACCAGCACUCGGACAUCCGCGAGUGCCUCACCUCUCUGAAGGCAUCUCAGCAUGCGCUGUUGGCUGCCGUGCCUCCUGGGAAAGGGCGCCAGCCCCUGCCCUUGGAGUCGCUGCGCUUCGACCGGCCGACGGCGCUGCUGUUCGGCUCGGAGGCCUGGGGCAUCUCCUCAGAGGCGCUGGAGCUCUGCGAUGCGACCUUCACGGUGCCAUUGCCGGGUCUGAGUGAGAGCCUCAAUGUGUCUGUGGCCGUGGCAGUUUGCGUUCACUUUGCUGCCUUCCGACGGCGUGAGGCACUGGGCCUGGCUCCCCACGAGGGCGACCUUCAGUUGGAGGAGGUGGAGGAGCUGCAGGAGAGCUACGCAGAGCGCAGUCGUGAAAACCGUUUCGCCGCGUCGCUGCGCGCGAGCCGCGCACGGAAGGCGCGGGAUGAGUCACAGGCCCUUGCUCCGGUCGUUGUCGAAGACGGAGAACGUGUUGGAGAGACGCUGGGCUUCUAG